GUAAUACGGUGAAGCAGCAUUGCCACUCAGUUCGUUGAGCUAAUAUUGGCUUAUGUUAGUUUCAUCAGCUAAUUGGUCGUGUCUCGUGUAAAGGUCACUGUUGUCAGUUCUGACUGGUCAUAUGUCAGGGGGCGUGGCCUCUCAAUUAGGGCCGAGAAGUAGUUGCAACGUGACUUGUGUUUCUCGGAUCUCCUAAAGGAAGAUUCCAGAUCCGAAGUGACGAUGGGUCACCAUUCCCCCGCUCUACUUGGUGCCGUCCUGGUGGCUCUGGUGAAUGUGACAGCUGGGUUUCAGUUUAUGAUUAAUGCAAGUGUGAUGGGGUACCCUGCCUCCACGGACGCCGAUCUGUACCGGGAGAUAGCUGAUAUUCUACUCAGGGAGGAGAACCCGCGCCCCAGCAAGCACAACUACUGCGCCAUACACUUCGGAAAGGUCAGCUUCGACAACACCAACGGCAGCACCAUCUACCGCAGUCUGACAGCAGCCAGGAGAAACUUUCAAAAUCACCAUGUCGCCGUCGCCAUCGGUCCCUACAUUGACGUCUUUACCUCCACCAACUACGUCAUUUUGAACCAGCGUCAUAUGCUGACGUCAUCAGCUGGUCAGAAGUCGGAACUACUUGACCCUGACAUGGUGGUAUCCAUACUUCCCGAACGACACAACUUGUCGGAGGCUGUGGCAAGGAUUGUGGAGAAACUCGACUGGAAUUAUGUCGCCCUCCUGUCUCAAGAUGACUUCUCCACAGUGUUGAACCUUGGUACCCACGGUAUCCAGGUGUCUCCGAUACGGCUCCCUUCAGGAUCGACUCGGAUGAGGAUGUCGAUCUAG